UAUACUAACCUAUCAGACUUUGACGCAACCCAACGUCAACCUCUCCUCCACCAAUGGCAGACGCCGCCGUAUUUUCUCCCGCCGGUGACGGCCUAUCGUCUAAUUCCGGCAUCGAAAUCAUCAUAAGGUUUUAAUAGUCAUUAUAUUUUUGUGCCGUUAACUGCAAUUCAUUCACCGCCCGAGGACAGUAUCACCUCUCACUUACCCCCAAUUCGGUGCCCUAAUUUUUUUUUUCUUAUUUCCUUCUCUACGAAUUCCAAAUAUUGUUGCUUGGUUUUUCAGUACUUAUAAUUUUUUUACUAGCUUUUAACCUUUUCUUAUGCAUGCAUUUUCUGUAUGGUUCAUCAAUGUGAAUUUGACGUAUCAAUCUCAUUUAUGUUCUCUUUACAGAGCUGUGAAAUUUUUGUUUCUGAUUCUUUUAUCUGCUGCAUAUCUCUGUAGAAACAGAAAAUUUGAAAUAAUGUAACAGGUUGAAAACUAUCAUGUUUGUUUGCUAGAUAUCAUAAUGUAUAUUGCAAUAAGAGUUUGUGGUUUUUGUGAAAUCUGUAGUGUAUAAGCUUAACAUACAGUUGAUGCUGUUUUUAGAAAAACGGUGUAUUCCGGCCAAUACGUAUAUGUGUGUGUGUGUGUGACUCUGUAUGCGUGGGUGAUAGUGAAAAUAAUGAAUCCAGAAGUAGCCUAACUUCUCCUUUGUUUUUCGAAGUACUCUUUAUAAGAAAAAAACUAUCUUGCUUGUGGUGCGUGACGACUUGCUCUAAGUAGUCUCUCUUUCAAUGUGUCAGCUUAGUUUACUUUUUUGCUGCUGCUGCUGUUGUGUAUUUGUGAAGGUGGAUGAAACUUCUGAAAUCAGUGAGGACCUUCUGGAUGAAGGAGAGGAAGGCUUCAAGAUUGAAGCACACGACCUUGGAAAUGAAGACAGCAAAAUACUUAAACUCAAGAACACUGAUCUCGAGAAUGCCAUUGAACAAGUGCUUGGAAGUGAAAGAGCUGACCUUGAAAAUGAUGGCAAGCAGGUGCUCGGCAUUCAUAAUGUGGAUGAGAGUGAGCAUGUGAUCGAAAUUGAGAGGAAUGACCAUGAGAGCAACUAUGAGCAAAUGCUCGAGAUCCAAAGCAACGACAGGGAUAGCAGCAGUGACCAAAUGCUUGGUAUUCCUGCCAAUGGUGCUCAAAAUGAUCAUACACUAGGAAAGUCUUAUCUCCAACCUGUUGAGGGAAUGGAGUUUGAAUCAUAUGAUGAUGCCUAUAACUUCUACAACUACUAUGCCAAGGAGCUUGGGUUUGGUAUAAGGGUCAAAUCUUCAUGGACAAAACGUAAUAGCAAAGAGAAGCGUGGGGCAGUACUCUGUUGCAACUGUGAGGGCUUCAAAACAAUGAAAGAAGCGUGUACUCGAAGAAAGGAAACAAGGACAGGAUGUCUGGCAAUGAUAAGGUUGAGGUUGGUGGAGUCAAACAGAUGGAGAUUGGAUGAAGUAAAACUAGAACAUAACCAUUUAUUUGAUCAUCAAAAGGCUCAAAACUCCCGGUCAAAUAAGAAGAUAGAAGCAGGGAUCAAGAGGAAGUCGAGUUCUGCUGUUGAUGUGGAAGUGAAAACAAUUAAGCUUUAUCGAACUCCAGCUCUCGAUGCAGUAAAUUAUGGAAGCUCAAGUGAACGAGAUUUCAGUCACCAUACAGACCAGUUGAAACAUUUAAAAUUUGGAAAUGGUGAUCUUGAAGUUAUGCAAAAUUAUUUUCAUCAGGCACAGCUUGCUGACCCGAACUUCUUUUAUGUUAUGGAUUUAAACGAUGAAGGAUAUGUAAGGAAUGUUUUCUGGAUCGAUUCCAGGUCAAGGGCUGCCUAUGGCUAUUUUAGUGACGUGGUAGUUGUUGACUCAACAUGCCUGUCAAAAAAGCACAAUAUUCCGCUGCUCUCAUUCAGUGGACUGAAUCACCAUGGUCAAUCUGUGUUAAUGGGUUGUGGGUUGCUCGCUGAAGAAACCUUUGAGACUUAUGUUUGGCUGAUGAGAGCAUGGCUGACAUGUAUGUUUGGACGUCGUCCACAAACUAUAAUCACGGACCAAUGCAAGGCACUGCAGGGUGCAAUCUCUGAAGUUUUCCCAAGGGCUCAUCAUUGUCUCCAUUUACCCUUUGUGAUGCAGAGCAUUCACGAAAGGUUAGGGGAGCAGGUGGGGGAGUCGCAAGUGUUUCAAACAGUAUUAAACCUAACAGUGUACAACACAACAAAGAUAGAAGAAUUUGAAACAGGCUGGGAGGAGAUGAUUCAACAUUUUUCCAUGAGAGAUCAUGAAUGGCUCAACAGCUUGUAUGAAGACCGAGAAAGAUGGGCCCCGGUUUACUUUAAAAACUCCAUUUUUGCCGGAAUAUUUACUUAUCAGCCCGGUGAAUACACAAAUCCGUUUUUCCAUGGCUAUUUAGAUGAUCAAACGAGCUGGACUGAAUUCUUCAAGGUAUACGAAUCACUUCAACAAAAAAUGAUCCAGAGGGAGGCUCUUGAUGAUAUUGAGUCGAGAGAGUUUAGACCCGUGUUAAGCACGAGAUGCAGUUAUGAGACACAGGUCUGUGACCUGUAUACCAAAGAGAUAUUCUUGAAGUUCCAAGAAGAGGUGGCGCUGAUGCAUGGUUGUUUCAGUGUGACUCACAUCCAUGUGAAUGGGCCAAUAAUAACAUAUAUGGUUAAAGAACGAAAUGGUGGAGGAGAUGCAAUGGAGGCUCAUAACUUUGAAGUUGUAUAUGAUAAAGUUGGGAUGGAGGUUCGCUGCAUUUGUUGCUGCUUCAGUUUCAGAGGAUAUUUAUGCAGGCAUGCAUUGACCGUCCUCAAUUACAACAGUGCGGAGGAGAUCCCCGGCCAGUACAUCUUGACGCGGUGGAGGAAGGACGUGAAACGCCUAUACAUUCCUAAUAUUGGCUCCAACAAUAUAGACAUAAGCAAUCCUGUGCAAUGGCGCGAGCAUCUGUACAGGCGCGCCAUGCACGUGGUUGCGGAAGGAAUGGCUUCGCGAGAGCAUCAUAUGGUUGCCUGGCAAGCAUUUAAGGAAUCGCUCAAUAAGGCACCACAUUCAUUCAAUAUCAAAGAAUUGAGGAAUUAGAGGAGAGUGCAGAGAAACGAAAUUUGAGAUUGGCGCUGACAGCGGGGCUGAACGGCGACGACUCGUGCUCCGAUCGGGACGACUGGGAGACUUCGAGACCGAUUGGAGACGCUGACAGCAGUCGGAAACGGACCCGGCUACGGCAUGAGAAAUGAGAUAGAGGAAAGGAGGAGACUUCUCUGAUAUUUAGAGAUCAAUCGGGAAAGUGAAAAGAGAGGAGGGAAGAAGGAAUGCAGGCUGCAUGGCAUCCAUUUUGGAGGAGAAAGGAAAAUGUCAGUAAGGGGACGGCAUUGAUUGAGAAAUUGAUGGAGAGUUAGGAAUUCUCAAUUUGGUGUUGAUUUCCUCCGACAAGGAACCGAGGCGGAGCUUUCACCGAUUAAGGAUUUUUUAUUUGAAUGAGAAACAGAGAGACAAGAGUAGACGACGGCAAUGAGGAUCUGCUCUUUAUUUAUUUUGGGCCAAGUAAUGAUUGGGCUGGUUGGAUCUGCAGUUGGAGUAUUAAAAUUAGUUGGGCUGAUAUAUAAAUUAAAAAGGGGGAGGGAGCUAGUUUGUGGGCCAAGGAAAAUAUGUUUUGGGAUGGAAAGAUAAAAAGGUGUUGGGUGGGCAGCUGCGAAAAUGAAUCAAUACAAGGAUGAAAAUGACGUUCUAAAGUCACGACAAAAUUUCACAAUUUCCCAACUAAGAUCAAAGAGUAAGAUUUAA